CUCUCUCUCCCUCCCUCCCACACGCACGCACAUCUCAAAGCAAAAGAAAAAAAAACACAUUGGUAUCAAUCAACGUAAAGAUGAGUGGCAUUAGUCUAAAAGGCAUUGGGGUGUUCCUUCUUCUUGUCCUUGUUGUUCUCUGCUCCACUUUCGAUGUCUGUGAUGGGAGGAGAGGCAAGCAUUGGAGGCACAAGAAGGCUCCAUAUUCCUCCUUGGCAAAAAAGAAAGGGAAGGGAAAGAUAAGUGGAAGUUACCACCGUGGCCGUGGUGGCAGAGGCCAGUGGAGCCCCAAACCAAGCCCAAACAACAGCCCAGGCAAAAGAUAUCCUACACCUGCAGCCCCGAAAGCAGCGAUGUUUGAUGUGCUUGAUUUUGGAGCAAAGGGUGAUGGUGUCACCGAUGACACUAAGGCAUUCGAGGCUGCAUGGGCUGCUGCCUGUAAAGUGGAGGCUUCAACCAUGGUGGUUCCAGCAGAAUUCCGAUUCCUCGUAAGGCCAAUCUCAUUCUCAGGACCUUACUGUCAACCCAAUAUCGUAUUUCAGUUGGACGGGACGAUCAUUGCCCCCACAAGCUCCAAAGCUUGGGGCUCAGGCCUGCUGCAGUGGCUUGAAUUCACCAAGCUCAAAGGCAUAACCAUCAGCGGUUGUGGCAUUAUAGAAGGCCGAGGCAGCGUCUGGUGGACAAACUCCGAAUCCGAUGUUGACCCGAUUCAUGCUAAGCUCAGUGCAAAAAUGCCAGAGAUCAAACCGACGGCCCUGAGGUUUUAUGGGAGUUACAAUGUAACAGUCACAGGCAUAACGAUACAGAAUAGCCCACAAUGCCACCUUAAAUUUGAUUUCUGUGACGCAGUUCAGGUCUUCAACAUUACUAUUUCUUCCCCUGGUAGUAGCCUCAACACGGACGGAAUCCAUCUCCAGAACUCCAAAGAUGUUUCCAUCCAUCACACUGAUUUGGGCUGCGGCGAUGACUGCAUCUCCAUCCAAACAGGAUGCUCAAAUAUUAACAUACACAAUGUGAACUGUGGACCAGGCCACGGGAUCAGCAUAGGCGGCCUUGGGAGGGACAACACCAAAGCAUGUGUCUCAAAUAUAACAGUAAGGGAUGUCAACAUGCACAACACAAUGAAUGGCGUCCGAGUCAAGACCUGGCAGGGUGGCUCGGGCUCUGUUCAAAGCAUAAGAUUCUCAAAUAUAAAAGUCUCGGAGGUCCAAACACCUAUUGUCAUUGACCAAUUUUACUGUGACAGAAGGUCUUGCAAGAACCAGACAUCAGCAGUGGCACUGUCAAGCAUUGCAUAUGAGAACAUUAAAGGGACAUUCACAGUGCAACCAGUGCGCCUUGCAUGUAGUGACAGUUUGCCUUGUUCAGGCAUCAGUCUAACUGAGGUAGAACUCAAACCACUGCAGGAACAUUACCACAUGUACGAACCUUUCUGCUGGCAGGCCUAUGGGGAACUAUACACCCCGACCGUUCCGCCAAUUGUUUGCCUGCAAACUGGAAAACCAACAAGCAACCGGAUCCAGUCUGAUCACGAUUCGUGCUGAGAUUGCUGACAAUGCCCCAGUCAAGCGAUAUUGGUGGAUACGUACGUGUGGUCGUGAUUCUUCCGACCCCUUUGCACCAUUGAUCAGAGUACAUAUAUAUAAGUAAUACAAUGAGUGGCAUAACAGUUAUUAUGACCGUUCACAUUAAUUUCCCAUUAAAGGUGUACACUACUAUCGCUGAGCCUUAGGAUCAUAUAGGAUCAGCAUCUCUAUAGUAAUGCAUAGUGAUAAAGCUUGCUAUGAUGCAUGUCACUUUCCCAUAUCUGGGGAAUACGGACAUCACUUAUGCUAGAUAUUUAAUGGGUCAAUAUUUGGGAAGUAUAAGAGCAGCUAUGCUGUUCUCCGCUUGUACAAAAAUAAACUACAUGAGCAUCAUGGCUGUCUGAAAACAUUGGAUACACUCAGAUCUUGAUUCUUCAGAAAUAGCUUUCCAACACCAAAAGUAUUCAUGCAAAAGAAGAGAUGACAAUCUCAAACAGAAGCAGAAAGCUGUCCAAGAGACUAACUCAAGGCCUUAAAAUUAUAUAUAUAUAACUGUUGCUUCAGUAAAAAGAUGUGAUAUUGCAAAUGACCGCUGACAGAGAUUAACAGAAUAAAUGGCAUGCCCCGAUUGCCACGAUUAGGGAAGUCAAGCUCAUCUCUCAUGCAGAUGUGAUGUUAAAUAAAAGCUUCAAUGUUAAAGGAUCAAAAAAGUUAAAAUAUUGUUGUUGUAAUAUUAAUAACUUUUGCAACUAGAUAAGAUAUAUCAAAGUAUAAAUGAGUUGCCAUUAGCAAAUCCGUGAACCAUAGCCAAGCCUUACAUGUAAAAGACUGAUGGCUUUGCUCAUUUAGAGCUUUAGGUUUGUAACCCUAGAUACUGAAAGGGCUUUGUUUUUAAGAA